AUGGCUUCUAACAGGGCACCAGGAAACCCGACUGGCGCAGCCACUCCGCAACAGGAUGGUACACCGAUUCCCGUGUCUAGCGACACCAAACCCGCCAUUGAGCCGAGUGCAGCCAGCCAGGACGCGACACAGCCCCCCGCCCAGCCCAAAGUGAAGACCGAGAAGGAGCUCGAACGAGAACGUAAGAAGGCAGAAAAGCAGGCCCUAUUCGAGAAAAAGAAAGCCGCCAAGGCCGAAGCAGCUGCCGCCACUGCGAAGAAGUCCAAAGAGAAGGAGAAGGUCAAGAAGCCCGAGGUCGAGGUCCUGCCCCCCUACGUUGAGGAAACUCCGGAAGGAGAGAAGAAGCGACUCAGGCCGUUUGACGACCCUUAUUAUUCCUCGUAUCACCCCGCUGCUGUCGAGUCGGCUUGGUACUCAUGGUGGGAGAAGGAGGGAUACUUCAAGCCGCAAUUCACACCGGAAGGCAAUGUCAAGCCCGAGGGCAAGUUCGUCAUUGUUGUGCCUCCCCCGAAUGUCACGGGAGCCCUGCAUAUGGGCCAUGCCCUGGGCAACUCACUGCAAGACCUGAUGAUCCGCUACAACCGACAAAAGGGAAAAACUACAUUGUGGCUGCCCGGUUGCGACCAUGCUGGCAUCGCAACACAGAGCGUGGUGGAGAAGGCGCUCUAUAAAAAGAACAAACAGACUAGACAUGAGCUUGGGAGAACAAAGUUCAUCGAGCUCGUACAAGAUUGGAAGGAGGAUUACCACCAGAAGAUCAACAAUGCCUUCAGAAAAAUGGGAAGCAGUCUGGAUUGGAGUAGAGAGGCAUUCACAAUGGACGAGCACUUUUCAUCAGCUGUCGCAGAUGUUUUCAUCAAAUUCCACGAAGAGGGCAUCAUCUAUCGAGCUAACCGUCUAGUCAACUGGGAUUCCACAUUGACCACGGCUCUGAGCAAUGUCGAGGUGGACAGCAAGGAGUUGUCAGGACGAACACUCCUUGACGUACCUGGCUACGAGAGAAAGGUCGAGUUCGGAAUCAUUGUUCACUUCAAGUAUCCGAUUGAGAACUCGGAGGAGACCAUUGAAGUCGCCACAACGCGUCCCGAGACCAUGCUGGGUGACAGUGGUAUCGCUGUACAUCCCGAGGAUCCUCGGUACACUCAUCUAGUGGGCAAAUUUGCCGUCCAUCCCUUCAUCGAGGGCCGGAGGCUUCCAAUCGUGGCCGACCGAUAUGUCGACCGCGAAUUUGGUACUGGUGCCGUCAAACUGACUCCCGCGCACGACCUAAACGAUUUCAAGCUGGGAACAACUCACAAUCUCGAGUUCAUCAAUAUCUUGACAGAUGAUGGCUUGAUUAACGAAAAUGGUGGCCCGUACCAAGGCCAGAAGCGAUUCGAUGUCCGGUACUCUAUUCAAGAGGAUCUAAAGAAACUCGGCCUCUACGUGGAUAAGAAGGACAACCCCAUGAGUGUACCGCUCUCGGAAAGGACCAAGGAUGUCGUCGAACCCCUCAUGAAACCACAAUGGUGGGUGAAGAUGGCUGAUCUCACAGAACCAGCUAUCAAAGCAGUCGAGACCGGCCAGAUCAAGAUCAGGCCCGACUCCGCAGAGAGAAACUACCUCCAGUGGAUGGCAAACAUCAACGACUGGUGCAUUUCAAGACAAUUGUGGUGGGGACAUCAGUGCCCUGUGUAUCGAGUUCGCUUUGAAGACGAAGAGGACGGUCCUGAUACCGACGACAGAUGGUUCGCGGCACGAACUGAGGAAGAAGCCUCCGCCAAAGCCAAGAAGGCAUUCCCCGACAGGAAGUUUGAACUGAUUCGAGAUGAAGAUGUCCUUGAUACAUGGUUCAGCUCUGGUCUCUGGCCAUUUGCAACUCUUGGCUGGCCCAAUAAUACUCCGGACAUGUCUCGUCUCUUCCCUACCAGUGUCCUAGAGACUGGAUGGGAUAUCAUUCCCUUCUGGGUCGCUCGCAUGAUCUUCCUCGGUAUCAAACUAACUGGCCAAGUGCCAUUCUCCGAGGUCUUUUGUCAUUCUCUGAUUCGAGACUCCGAUGGACGGAAGAUGAGCAAAUCACUCGGCAAUGUUAUUGAUCCUUUAGAUGUGACUCGCGGCAUCGAGCUCCAAGCUCUCCACGACAAGCUACUGGUUGGCAACCUUGCUCCUGCCGAAGUUAAGAAAGCUACCGCAUACCAGAAGACGGCAUUCCCACAAGGCAUUCCCGAAUGCGGAGCAGACGCGCUUCGCUUCGCUCUCAUUGCCUACACUACAGGCGGCGGCGAUAUCAAUUUCGAAAUCAAUGUCAUCUACCUGUACAGACGCUUCUGCAACAAGAUCUGGAACGCCUGCAAGUAUGUCCUUGGCAAGUUGGAAGCCGUCGACGGCUUUGUUCCCGCAAAGAAGGCGGGUCUUACUGGACAUGAGUCGCUAUCCGAGCUCUGGAUUCUCAGGAAGAUGAACAAUGCUGCAAAGGAAGUUUCUGAGGCCCUGGAGCAGAGAGAUUUCAUGAAGAGUGCCAACCUUGUGUACGCCUACUGGUACUUCCAGCUUUGCGAUGUCUUCAUCGAAAACUCCAAGACAUUAAUCCAGGAGGGUUCUGAAGCUCAGGUGCAUUCUGCGAUUCAAACACUCUACACCGCUCUGGAAAAUGCUCUCGUCCUUUCGCACCCAUUCCUCCCCUUCAUCACAGAAGAGCUGUGGCAAAGGCUCCCCAGGAGGCAAGGUGAUGAAACAAAGAGCAUCAUGUUGGCGAAAUACCCGGAAUGGGACCCGCAAUUUGAGAACCCAGAGGCUGAGGCUGCAUACGACAUUGUUCUGGGCUGCUCGAAGGGCGUUCGAUCCCUGAUUGCCGAAUACGCGGUCAAGGAUGAGGCAAAGAUCUUCAUUCAGGCCUAUGACGCAGCGUCGCACAAGACUGUACUGGAGCAGAAGUCUUCUAUCCGUUCUCUCAGCGGCAAGGGCCCCAUGGACAUCGAGAUCCUCUCUCCGGAACAUACUCGCCCUACCGGCUGUGUUGCUUUCCCCGUGUCCAGCGCCGUUUCGGUCUUCAUCUACGUCAAGGACCGCGUCAAUUUCGAUGAGGAGAUCGUGAAAGCAACGAAGAAACUGGAGAAGACCCGUGCUGCUGCCCAAAAGCAGCACAAGCUUAUUCAGGAUCCGGUGUACCUAGAGAAAUCUCCUGUCGCAACGCAAAAUACCGACAAGAAGAAGCUUGUUGAUCUAGAAAGCGAGGUCAACGGCCUUGAGACAACCAUUGAGCAAUUUAAGCUGCUGAAGCUAGAGUAA